CUUAUUUUUGUCCGCAUCCGGUUUACGUAGCGAAUGAAAACAGUAUAGCACGGAGGCUAGAGUCUCUAGCCUAGAGACUUGUUUUUAAUCAUAAUUUAUCCAAAAUGGCUGUGGCCAUGAGCUCGACGUGUCCCGGCCUGUACUGUGGCAGGGUAUUGGUCAAUGGAUCCGUGGAGGGAGAGUGUGGUGUUUGUCCCCGUGGAGAACGGGCCAACGUCCAGAAGGUAUGUGAACGCUGCACUGAGUCCCCUGAGCUCUACGACUGGCUCUACCUGGGAUUCAUGGCCAUGUUACCUCUGGUGCUGCACUGGUUCUUCAUUGAGUGGUACUCUGGAAAGAAGAGUUCCAGUGCUCUGCUGCAGCACAUCAUAGCCAUGCUGGAGUGCAGCGUGUCAGCUGUGGUCACUCUGCUGGUCACAGAGCCAGUGGGAAUGCUCAGUAUCCGUUCCUGUGGAGUCCAGAUGCUGUCAGACUGGUACACCAUGCUCUACAACCCCAGUCCAGACUACAUCAACACCAUCCACUGCACCCAGGAGGCCGUCUACCCUCUUUACACUAUCGUGCUAAUCUACUAUGCCUUCUGCUUGGUGCUGAUGAUGCUGCUGCGCCCUCUGCUGGUGAAGAAGAUAGCCUGCGGUCUGGGCAAAUCUGACCGCUUCAAGAGCAUCUACGCCGCUCUGUACUUCUUCCCCAUCCUCACAGUGCUGCAGGCCGUGGGCGGAGGACUGCUCUACUAUGCGUUUCCCUACAUCAUACUGGUCCUGUCUCUGGUCACGCUGGCUGUUUACAUGUCUGCCUCUGAGAUACAGUCCUUUAAAAACCUGGUUGCGAAGAAGAAGCGCCUGGUCGUGUUGUUCAGCCACUGGCUGCUCCACGCUUACGGCAUCAUCUCUAUCUCCCGACUGGACAAGCUGGAGCAGGAUCUGCCCCUGCUGGCCCUGGUGCCCGGUCCCGCCCUGUUCUACAUCGCCACAGCAAAGUUCACCGAGCCCAGCCGCAUCCUGUCCGAGGGCGGCAACGGACACUGAGCAGGUUUUGUCAGGUUUCGUUAAACAGAAGUGAAAUGUCACUAAUGUAUAAUUCACUUCAUCACUACAGGCAAAAUCUUUCAGGAUUCUGUUUACUGAGCCAUCAGCAGACAGACAGGAGACAGUCUGGCUACAGUGGCUUUGAAUGGGGGUUCAGUGUCUGGCCUUUAGUGGCCACUUAGUGACAAUAUCAUCAGGUUUUCACCAUUUUAAAUUGGACAAUGAGCGAUAACUGCUCUAGAUUUUUCAGUAUCAGCGCGUUUCCGUUUCCAGUUCCUAAACAGGACAGAUGGUCUUCUGGAUCCUCCAAAUCCUCUAUGAAAACUAGCUCUUCACUCAAUGAAUUUUUAAUCAGUUCUCCUUUAAUCCAUCAAUCCGUGACAAGUUGCCAAUGGCAGUGUGGACAAUAUUGUCUCUACCUUGUGAGUCUGUGUGUCAUCAGGUGGUUCUGGAGGUGGUUUUGAGUGAUUUGGCAGGUGAUCAUAUGUCUGUCUGUGUGUGUGUGUGGACACAUUCUGCCACAGCGAGAGUGUCACAACUGUGCAACAUGGACUCCUCCAAGUGCUGAGGGCUGUUGCAGCAGUGUUUGGUACAUUAAAAGGAUGAAAGAGCUGAAGAAUUCAUUUAUUAUUGAUACAUUUUCCUGCACUACGUCAUAGUUUAUAGUAAAUUCCCUGCUUCCCCUAUGUUCGUUUGACAUCACCUCAAAGUGUGGACAUUUUUUUUUUUUUUGUAAAUACACUUAAAUGUGGUGAAAUUUUAACCAAUUUAAGUUUAAGGUGCCACAGCUGAAGUCGGACGAAGCAGGACUCUGGUGAGGCCUUCAGGGCGGGAGAAAUCAGGGAUUUAUCUUUUCCCACUAACGCAUGUGACAAUAUAUUAGAGGCACAAGCUUGGGUUGGGGGGGGGUGUAAAUAGCGUCCCUGCUGUGUUAGUGUUAGUGAUCUUGAUGAAUUAUGACACUGAAAUACAAAGCUGAAGCAUCUUUCUACUACUGGAUCUUGUUUGCUUGUUGUUUUGUCCUCUGUGUCCUGAACCGAGCUGCAAUCCUUCAAACGGCCUUCAGCGUUUUUCUGAGUCGAAGCUGCUAACAUACUGUAUAUGUAUAUAAUUGUAAAUACAUAGAUGCUUGUAAAUAUUAGUGUGUUUAUGUUCGGAAGGAUUUGAUGCAUCCAUUCAAGCUCAAAUUGCGGAGUAAUAAAGUCCAGUGUAACUGCCUGUAUGAUGUGGUGUCUGCUCAUACACCUACCAGUAGUGUGGUGUCUUGAAUGCUGAGAUGUUGUGUACUUCCUGAGGUGAACAGCGUGCAGGUGUCACCGCAGACGGGAGGCAUUUCGCUGCCUCAUGCAAAUCUAACGUGAACAGGCCUGUUCCACAGGUCCAUGUUGUAGUUGAGGGGUUUUACUCCACACAAACGUGUGAAAACAUAGUAAACCCGCUUGUAUAAAUACAGUCAUGGUAUGUAGGCUGCAUUUCCUGUUCUAGAAAAUGAUUUUUGAUGUGUGAAGUGUUGCUUGAUGCUUCUAAAAAUAGAGUGGAUUUAACUUGAAAACAUUUGCUAGAGAACUUUUUGCUAGACUUUCUGAGUUCAUUACAUCAUUUCUCUGGUAAAGCAAAUUGCAAGCCAUUUCAGUUACUGUUAAUCUGUCCAAAUUAUGAGCCGAUAUUCCCACUGAACCUGCCUUCAUACCACAAAUGUUAGUUUAAUGUCAGUUUGUUAUAAAACUCUUCCAGUAAUAAAUACAAGAAAUAGAUAAAAACAUUUUUUCUUGCCCAAUAAAAUGAUACAAAAUGUUUUUCUAUCAU